AUGGAUUUGAAUUUGGAAAAGUCUGGAAACUUUAUGGGAAACCACAUCAAUUUCCUCUUAAUCUUCGUAAUUAUUUUGGCUAUUGCUGUGGCUCUAAUGAUGAUCUUGCUCAUGGUAUUCUGCUGCAUCAGCUUCUUCCGCAAUCGUCAAGACUUUAAGUUCUCACGAUUCUUCACCGAUGACGAAUUGGAUGAUCAAAUGGAAAAUGGUGGAGAUAUCGAACUUCAAGAACAACCAAGUCAAAUGGAUUUGACUUUAAGAUAA